AUGAGAAGCCUUUUCUACUUAUAUUACUUGAUUCUCCUCCUUUCACUAAUUUCAGCCUAUGCCAAGAACCACAACAACGCAGACCUCGUCCGUACAUCAUGUGCCCACGCUAGCUACCCCGAUAUUUGCCUCCGCACACUCUCCUCCUACUCCGGCGUCACCAACACUCCGCGCAAUCUCGCCAGAGCGGGAGUGAAAGUCAGUCUCUCUCGCUCGAAGGCAGCCGCAAAUUUCUUGGCCCAGCUCAAGAGCCAAAGCAAGAGGGAGAAAAUUGCCCUACGCGACUGCAUAGAGCUCAUGGGGAACUCCAUGGAUGAGCUGAGCGAAACCCUGUCCGAGCUGCAGCACCUCCGGAGUGGCGAUUUCAGGUGGCACAUGAGCAACGUCGAGACAUGGGUUAGUGCUGCUUUAACAAAUGAGAACACUUGCCUCGAUGGGUUCAAAGAGGUUGAAGGAUAUACUAGGUCUGAUGUGAAGAAGAAGAUUACUAAUGUUGCUAGGGUUACUAGUAAUGCUCUUUACCUUAUCGACCUUCUCGACAACUCCCACGGAAAAACAGUUGAGAUCUCGACUGCUGCACAAGAAGGCACCACUACUGCUGGGAGCAGUGGCGCCUUGAUUCACAGUUGUCGAUUGUGUCCACCGCGUGCGACGGAGCAGCAUUCGUGCGAGGCAUCACUAUAUUUGUGCACAGCGACAAUAAGCAGCGGUGGAGGUUCGGCGGAUAUGGAUCAAGCGUAG